AUGCUCCUCCACCGUCGCUCCAAAGUGCAACAGGCCGCAGCCGUAGCGGCGGCGCUUCCUCUGCUGCUACUGGUCAUCACUGUGCUGAAGCUCGUCGACUGUCGCCCUAUGGACGAUGAGCCGAUGUUCGGUGCCACCUCUGAGGCCCUCGAGUCUAUCUUCCGUGCCUUGGACCAGGAAGAGGCCGAGUCUUCGAGCGCCGUCCAGCCUCACCACAACGAUGAGCCCGUCGCCCAAAACGUCCCCCAGUCCGGCUGGCACGGUGCCGGUUCAGCGGACCCCUGGCCUUUGAGUGAACUCCAGAAGGUCGAAUCUAUCGGCUCUCUCCCGACUUACAUCCACCCGACCCUGUUCACCGAGAUCAAACCAGUCAAGAGAUCCGGCGACCUGGAGAAGGCUAGCGAAGAUGAGCGCGCGCUUGUCCUACAGCAUUUUGGCAGCAGAUCGAGCCACUGGACCGACGAUCCUGCCGAGCUGGUGCCCGACCGCCUCAGAGGCAAAAGCAAGCAGAGGCAGAAGCGACACGUCGAGUUCGUCCAGCGGAUGCGUGUGAGGUUCGCUGGCGAGGUUACCAACACUGGAACCGACGGAGACUACGUGAUCAACCGCUUUCUCAUCCACUUCCUCUACGACCCUGAAGAAAGCAGGAAGGUGAUGGGACUGUCCUUCUACGUCUUUGCAGUGCCGUUCGCAGAACUCCUGAGGCCCAGAGGCUCGCGUGGAAUGCCCAGCCUGUCGGAGAAGGUCAAGGAGAUUGGACAACUGAGCUUCGUCGAAUAG